AUGACGUCCGCAUCCGCCAAACUCUCGGCCGCCGAUGUCCAGCAGCUCGGCGCGCCUCCUGCCCCGGGCUCGCCCUAUGGCCUCCCCGUCCCUGGCUCCGAGCGCCCGGGCCGCUCUGCCGUCUACCGCCAUCACCGCUUUCGCGACGCGCCUCUCCUCGCCACGUUGGACCCGGACGUGCGCUCCAUGCACCACGUCUUCGAAAGCACCGUCCGCCGCCGCCCCAAUAAGCGCUGCCUCGGCUCCCGCCCCUGGGUCCCUUCCACCAAGUCCUGGGGCGAUCACUUCGACUGGCUCACCUACGCCGACGUCGCCCAGCGCCGCAAGGACUUUGGCGCCGGCCUCGUCGAGAUCCACCACCGCGCCGGCUAUCCCAAGGACAAGUACGGCGUCGGCCUCUGGGCCCAGAACCGCCCCGAGUGGCACAUCACCGACCUCGCCCUCGCCUCCCAGUCCCUCUACACCGUCUCUCUCUACGAGACGCUCGGCCCCGACGCCACCGAGUACAUCAUCAACCACGCAGAGCUGGCUUGCGUCGUCUGCUCCCUGCCUCACGUCCCCGUCCUGCUCAAGCUCGCCCCCCGCCUGCCCACGCUCAAGCUCAUCGUCUCGCUCGACCCCCUCGACCAUGGCGAGCUCAACACCCACACAAAGGCAGCCGUCCUCAACCAAAUGGCCUCGCAGCAUGGCCUCCAGGUCUUCUCGAUGCAGCAGGUUGAGGAGCUCGGUGCCACCUGCGGCCGGCCCAUGCGCCCUGCCGACUGGGACGACAUCUCCACCAUCAACUACACCUCGGGCACCACCGGCCCCCCCAAGGGCGUCGUCCUCACCCACGGCAACGCCGUCUCUGCCAACUCAAGCUCCCGCCUGAGCUGCAACAUCUCUCCCUCCGACGUCCACCUCUCCUACCUACCCCUCGCCCACAUCUACGGCCGUCUUGUCGACCAGACCGCUCUAGCCGAGGGCGCCGCGCUCGGCUUCUUCCGAGGCGACAUCCUCGGCCUCGUCGACGACAUGAAGAUUCUCCAGCCCACCGGCUUCAUCUCGGUGCCGCGUCUCUUCAACCGCUUCAACUCGGCAAUCCGCACCGCCACCCUCGACGCCGACGGCAUCCGCGGUGCCCUGUCGAGACACGUCAUCAACACCAAAAAGGCCAACAUGCGCGCGCCUCCCGGCAAGGCCUCAAACAAGCAUCUCCUCUACGACAGGAUAUGGACGCCCAAGGUCAAGGCCGCCGUUGGCCUCUCUAGGGUCCACAGCAUGGUUAGCGGCAGCGCCCAGCUGGACCCGGACGUGCAAGAGUUCCUCCGCGCCGCCUUCGCCGCCACCUUUGUCCAGGGUUGGGGCAUGACGGAGACGUACGCCGUCGGCACCCUGCAGUUGAACGACGACUUCUCCCUCGGUAAUGUCGGCGCGCCCAUGGGCUGCGUCGAAGCCUGCCUCGAGUCGGUCCCCGAGUUCGAGUACUCGGUCGACGACAAGCCCAACCCCCGGGGCGAGCUGCUCGUCCGCGGGCCCAGCAUCUUCCGCGAGUACUACAAGAACGACGACGAGACCAAGAAGAGCAUGGAUCCCGACGGCUGGUUCCACACGGGCGACAUUGCCGAGGUGGACAGCAUGGGCCGCUUCAAGAUCAUUGACCGCAAGAAGAACGUCUUGAAGCUGUCGCAGGGCGAAUACAUUUCCCCCGAGCGCAUCGAGAACGUCUACGCCGGCAGCACCAAUCUGGUUGCUACGGCCUUUGUCCACGGCGACUCCAAGGAGUCGAGCCUCGUUGCCAUCUUCGGCGUCGAUCCCGAAAACUUCCCCCCCUUUGCCAGCAAGGUGCUCAACGAGACCGUCCCCGCCGGCGAUGCCGAGACGCUUAAGAAGGCGGCCGCGAGUCCCGCAGUCAGGAAGGCCUUUCUCAAGGUCCUCGACGACAUUGGCCGUCGGCAAAAGUUCAACAGCUAUGAAAAGGUCCGCAACGUGCACCUGGACGUUGACCCGUUUACGAUUGAGAAUGACCUUCUCACGCCCACCCUGAAACUCAAGAGGCCUCAGGCCGCAAAGGCCUUCCGCGCCCAUAUUGACCGCAUGUACGAGGAGAUGAAGGCGGAGACGCCGGCCCGCGUUGCCAAGCUGUAA